AUGGACCUUCAGGACAUUCUUGCCACCGGUGGCUUUGCUACCUAUGCUUUGCGGCAUCCCCUAGAGGGUUUGUCGAGCUUCGGGCCGACACUGAGCGAGGCCACAUUUGGCUUGCUUGGGGCCUCUUUCAAACCAGAGCGAGACAUCUCCGACAUUGAGGGCAAGACCAUCCUGGUCACUGGAGGCAAUGCGGGUAUUGGUCAAGAGACCAUUCUGCAACUCGCAAAACAUCGUCCUGGGCGCAUCUAUCUUGCCGCACGCACGGAGAGCAAGGCUCACGCCGCCAUGGAAUCGGUCAAAAAACAAGUCUCAACCCCGGUGGACAUUCGCCACAUUCCCCUUGACCUCUCCUCGUUUGAUUCCAUCCGUGCGGGAGCAGAGAAAUUCCAAGCCGACAGUGAUCGGUUGGACAUUCUGAUUCUCAAUGCCGGAACGAUGGGCAAUCCUCCCGACAAGACCAAGGAUGGGUUUGAAAUCCAGUUUGGCACCAAUCAUAUUGGCCAUUUCUUAUUCACCAAGCUACUGAUGCCCACCCUGAAGAAGACCGCCGCCGACCUCAACGCGAAGGGUCAGCAGCCCGAUGUGCGUGUGGUGACUGUGGCAUCCGUGGCCCAUGUUCUCAGUCCCUCGACCCUGGAGGCAAUGACCUCGACCCCAUCACUCUUGGCCGCCAGUACCUGGACGCGAUACGGUGCGUCCAAAGCAGCCAAUAUUCUGUUCGCAGCCGAGCUCGCCCGCCGAAACCCGGAAAUCUUGUCCGUGGCGGUGCAUCCGGGUGCGGUCAACAGUGAUUUGUAUUCCCACACAAAAGCCACCAGUGCGGUAAUGGAACGCGGAUUGACCUUUGCAGGGUCACUCUUCUUCCGCAAGGUCACCAGCGGAGCGCUGAAUUCUCUGUGGGCCGCAACAACGGCGAAAGAAAACCUCACCAACGGUGCUUACUACACCCCGGUCGGGUUCCGCAGCAAUGGCAGUGCCUUUGUGCAAGACUCCGAGAUGGCGAAGCAGUUGUGGGAGUGGACCGAGGAUCAGAUUGCUGAGCGCAGUUGA